AUGGCUCGCUUCGUUUUCCGCGAACACUGGGUUGGGGCCCACCUAACACCGCUUCGUGCGUGGGAUAAGCAGGCCGCUUUGGCUAUUCAAUUUGCUGCAAAGCUCAUCGAGAGCUUCAUUAUCGGAUCUCUUACCACAAUGAUCUUCACGUUUGUGCGCAUGGAGGCAACUAUGCCGCAAGGCAUACCAUUGGCAGCCUUUUUCGCCAGCCACGAAUACAAGUCUCCAAGCUUCAUAUGGUCGAAUGACAUAUUCGCUAUGUUGCGAGGGCAAUUCUCCUCCGUCUGGAAGAAAGGCUUCUUUAUUGUCUUUUCACUCACAUGCUGUGCGUUGGCCGUACUAGUCGCUCCUGCAAUCGCAACCAUCUUGAUGCCCACUCAAGACUGGUACAAAUUAGGCGGUUCGUGGGCCUGGAUCGAUGUCUCAAUUCAGGAGAUGUAUCCUAGAUUAUGGCCUCUACCUACGACGGAGUCUGUGCUGCUAGCCAGUCUAUCCGUUCGCGAGCCUGUUGAAAACCCGGAGAUGCAGUGGGAGGAUUCCAGGAUGAUGUUGCCUCCCCAUGCCACGGGUGUAGGCCUCGUCAAAAUAACGGCGCUCUGGGAAACGGCCAUGGCACGCAUGGGACAAGAAAACAAGAGAAAUUACAGAGGAUCUGAUUCCCGGUACACCACAUACUCAGAGGUGGCAUCGAUCACGACACGGUGCUUGGCUAGGAACGAUAAUCGAUCAAUCCAAUUUCCCGGUGUCCGAAACCCCCAAACGCUAUAUAGCCCUAUGAUAAUCGAAGAUGUUGAUACGGAGGAUUUUCUGAAGAGCAUGAACGGUUCUAUUCCUGAACUGUUCUUCUUUGACAUAAACCCGGAGGGAGACUUGGCAGCAAAUGCCUCAAUCGUGUCUGUUGUCUCCCUUCCACUCGAAGGGAAAGAGCCUGCGCUUUAUGGUUCCAUAACCAACGCCCAAUGGACGGCCGCCCAAAUUCACGUGUUUCAGUACUACCAUGUCAAGACGCAAGAAUGGUUCGAAAAGAGUGACUGGGGCUCCGACCGUAUGAUCACCAUCCAUACAUCCUAUGCGAACCUCAGCAAUCCUAUUGUGGAAAAGACCAAUACAACUGUCUUCCAGAGGCUUGCCACCACUGCUGGGCUUGCCUCGCUCGAGAACAGGGGGCCGGACUGGACGCCGUGUCACAUUGAGACGUUGAUCAACGGCAUGCUCAUUAACGCGAUGGCGCGCACGGUACCCAAUGCUCAUCUCAUCACAACGCUCAAAGAUGAGAAUGGUGCGUGGUGGCGUCACUUCUUUCCGCGGAGUCGCCUCUUCGAGCGCCAAGAUGCCGCAAUAGAUGAGGCCGCCUUUGCCGUCGAAGAAGCCGACCAGUCACGUUUUGUCUCAUUUUAUUUCCGCGCGGAAAUGCAAGGUUUUGCGUAUAGUAACCAAGACAACACAGUAAGAAACCUGGUGUUCGGGUUGUUCGUGUACUGUGGUAUAGCUGGGCUUUUCGUGCUGUGGAGUGUGGGAAGGGGCAUCACGAGCUCAAGUUGGGAUUCAAUUUCAGAGCUGUUGGCACUCGCCAUGCGGAGUCCGCCUCCAGGAGACUUCGCAAUGCCGACUAGUGUUUUGGAAGACACCAAAGCACUUAGCCAUAGGUACGGCAUCAUGGCCGAGAAGGAGGCGUUGUUUCUGCGACCGAUAGAUGAUCAUGAAAGGAUUCCGAGAGACAAGAGAGUAAAGCCGAACAAAAUGUACCGGUGA